CUCCUUACUUCUGGCUUUCUCCUAGACUUUUUACGCCAAUACCCGCGUUGAAUACUCCAUACAACUGCGACUGCUUGCCCUGUCUGCUGGCAUCUUUUCGCUUCCCUCCACUGUCGGUUUAUUCCACAAUGUUACUUCUUUUAUGUGCCACUUUUCUGUUGGCCUGGACUCUCUACAGUCUUGGUGGUCUGGUCCAAAAUAUCGGCCGUGCCCGGAGGCUCGGAAUUCCCUAUCAUGUCCUACCAGCCAGUCCUGUCAAUCCGCUUUGGGUCGUCCUUGAACCAGUCAUUUUCUUCAUUCUGGAUCGUCUCCCCUUUCAACUUGGCCGAGUUAGCUACUAUGGUCGGCGUAGCUGGCAGUUUGCUGACCGGGCCCAGUCUCAUCUUCGCAUGGGUGAUGCGUGGGCACUGGCAACCCCAUCCGAAGUGUUUGUCUAUGUUUGCGAUCCCGAGGCCAUCACUCAGAUCAUAUCCCGUCGUGUGGACUUCAUACGGCCAGUGGAGCUGUAUAAACUGCUUGAUGUGUUUGGUCCCAACGUGGCAACUACUCUGGGUGCCGACUGGCAACGCCACCGCAAGAUUGUGGCCGCACCGUUCAACGAGAGCUUGAAUAGUUUUGUCUGGGACGAGGCCAUCACACAGGCCCAGGCGAUGCUCGCGUCAACUGGAUCCUCGCCCGCUGGCGGGUUGGGAGCUGACAUCCGCACCUUAGCGCUCAAUGUCCUUGCAGCGACCGGCUUCAAGCGACCGCAAUCCUUCCACAGCUCCCAGGAAGCACAAACCCUGGAAUCCCGCUCCUACAGCGAAUCUCUCAAUCUCGUGAUGAGGAACACCUUCUUAAUCAUGAUUAUUCCCCCCUGGGUUCUGAGGCUUCCGGUGUUCCCUAGCUGGUGUAGACGCGUCGGACAGGCCGUUGAAGACUUCAAGCAACAUAUGCUUACCAUGGUCAAUCUAGAGAAAUCGCUGAUCGAGCAGGGUCAGCCAGGCACUGGAACGCUUAUGUCCUCCCUGAUCCGCGAGUCCGAGGUCACCCGCCACAACAACCGCAAGCCCCUCACGAUCCACGAAAUUCUUGGGAAUAUCUAUGUAAUCAACUUCGCUGGCCACGACACCACCGCCAACACAAUGACGUAUCUAAUGUUUCUCCUGGCCGCCUAUCCGGACAUCCAGGAGUGGAUCGCAGAGGAAGUUCAGACGGUCAUUCCCAAAACCGAUCAGGGGAAUGCGAGUUACAAGGAGGCGUAUCCCAGGCUUAAGCGCUGCCUUGCUGUGCUGCUUGAGACCGUCCGCCUAUACCCAGCCAUUCAGGCCCUUCCCAAAUGCGUCGCCCCUGCCGAAACCACCCUGCACCUCCCCGAGAGUAACCGCACCCUCGUGCUCCCUCAUGGAGCCGUCAUCUUACCCAGUCUCCUCGCAGUACAAACCCACCCCCGCUACUGGCCGGAUGAGCCGCAAGCCUGGCAUCCCCGACGAUGGAUCCAGACUUCGAACACAAAUAGUAGCGCGGUGAGCACGGAUUACCUUUGUCGCAACGCAACGGAGCAGCUCGCGCGUGAGGAGAUCAUCGAGCCGCGGGCGGGAACUUACAUCCCCUGGUCCGCCGGCGUGCAAGUGUGCGCGGGCCAGAAGUUUGCGCAGGUCGAGACUGUGGCGGUCUUGGCUUCCCUCUUCCGCGAACAUCGGCUCCGGGUCGUGCUGCAAGAGGGAGAGGAUUUUGCGGCGGCGCAGAAGCGGCUUGUGGCCAAGACGUUGGAUACGCAUCAGCUGCUGGUGAUUCAGAUGCGGGAUCCGGAUAGUGUCAAGUUUGUUUGGGAGUAUGUGGGGUCAAAAGUCAGUGGGAGCUUGUUGUAA